UGUCUUGUAAUAUUUCAUCUGGAUCCAGAAGAAUAAGAAGACACAGAAAGAAUUACUUUGUUGUUGUUCAAAAGCUAGUGCAGCAUUAACAAGGACCAGCAAGGCUGCAGUUGGAAUAUUGUCAUCUUUUACAAGCUGUGGUGAAAUUUUAAGCAUACGAAACUGAGCAAGUCAGCGAACAUCCAUCCAGAAAGAAGAAACAGAUCCGGGAUAUGGAGAAGCUACAAGCAGAAAGAUGUCGCCGCGUGGUGCUAGUUGCAUACCCACUGCAAGGGCACUUGAAUCCACUGCUUGAUCUGGCCAACAUCCUUCAUUCCAGGGGUUUCUCAAUCACAAUUGUGCACACCAAAUUCAACUUUCCCGAUCGUGCCAACCAUCCUGAUUUUCAAUUUGUGCCGAUUUCAGAUGGUAUAUCGAGCUGGGAUGUCUCGCCUUCCAAUCUUGUACGUUUAGCAUCUGCUAUCAACACAAAUUGUAGAGAACCUUUCAGGGAAUGCUUAAGUCAAAUGAUGCAGCAGCAGCAGGAGGAGAAACAACAUGAUCAGGUUGUGUGCAUCAUCUAUGAUUUUCUCAUGCAUUUUGCAGAAACAGUGGCGAAUCAAAUGAGUCUUCCUAGCAUCAUUUUUAGGACCAGCAAUGCUGCUGCAUUGCUUUCUUUGUGCAAACUUCCCAGGCUUAAAGCAGAGGGCUUUAACUGCUUGCAAGAUUCUACAUCGAACGAGUUGGUUCCAGGACUUCAUCCUUUAAGGUUCAAGGAUCUACCAACUGCCAGCAUGGGUAACUUAGAGAAUUUAUUACAACUGGUUGCAGUUGUAUGCAACAUAAGAACUUCUAGUGCCAUCAUUCAGAACACCAUGGACUGCCUUGAGUAUUCCUCAUUGAGACAGCUUCAGGAGCAUUACAGUGUUCCACUUUUCACAUUAGGCCCUUUGCACAAGAUGGCUCUUGCAAAACCAAUAAAUUUAGUAAGCAAAGAUGACAACACCUGCAUUGAAUGGCUUGAAAAGAAGGCUCCAAACUCAGUGAUUUAUGUAAGCUUUGGAAGCAUCGCGAGAAUGGAUCAGAAUGAAUUAACAGAGAUGGCAUGGGGUCUAGCUAACAGUGAUCAACCGUUCCUCUGGGUUAUCCGGCCUGGCUUAGGUGGUGGCUCAGAUGCACAUUUGCCCGAGGGUUUUCAAGAGCUUACUGGUAACAGAGGCUGCAUAGUGAAAUGGGCACCCCAAAAGGAUGUCUUAGCACACCCUGCUGUUGGGGGAUUUUGGAGCCACUGUGGCUGGAAUUCGACUUUGGAAAGUAUAAGCGAAGGAGUACCAAUGAUAUGCAAGCCAUAUUUUGUCGACCAAACGGUGAAUGCAAGAUACCUGACUCAUGAAUGGGGCAUAGGCAUAGAACUGGAUGAAGUGAUGCAGAGAACAAAUGUUGCAAAAGCUAUAAGAAGAAUCUUAGUUGAAGAAGAAGGCUCGAGAAUGAGGCAGAAAGUGAUUGCUCUCAAGGAACAGAUCAAACAUUGCAUCAAGGAAGGUGGUUCUUCUUACAAUUCUUUGAAUGAGUUAGUGCAGUUCAUAUCAUCCCUCUGAUUU